UUGUGUAUGCAUCAUCAACCGUACUGGCAAGCUGAACUGUCAGCUGCUGCACAAGCCUUCAGCCGAGUACCAACCAACUCCACACAGGCACCCGGAAGGCACCAAAGUCAAUUUAAGAAGACAACAUGAACCGCUUUAGGACUUCAAAAUUUAAAAACACAACUCCCAAGAUCGCCAAGACAGAGGAAUGGAUCGGCAAUGUUCAUGGCGGUUCCAUCUUCAGCCAGGGAAACCACAUCAAAGCAAGCUCCAAACUGGUGGUUUUUAGUACAGACCAGGCUGGGGGAGGUAUGCUGGGCUUGUCUUCAGUCAAACCUGGGACAGAUGGCCAGUGGAGAGUGACACAUAUUUCCUGUCAUUCAGAACUGGUGUGUGAUAUGGAUUUCUCCCCAUUUGACGAGUGCCUGCUUGUGACAUGUUCUGGAGAUGAAACUGCAAAGCUGUGGUGUCUGUGUGAUCCGGAGUUGGAGCAGCCGUCUGAACCAGAGCUGACCUUACAUCCAGGACAGGGCAAACUGGAACUGGUGCUGUUUCAUCCCACCUCAUCUGGGCUUCUGGCGUUAGGGGCCACCAACUCGCUGCUCCUUUGGGACACCAGUCGCCAAGAUGCCCCUCUAGCAGUUCUGGAGAAUCACAGCGAUCAACUGCAGAGUUUGAGCUGGAAACAAGAUGGUUCACUGCUGGCUUCCUCCUGUAAGGAUAAGAUGCUGAGAGUAUUUGACCCCAGAGCCCAGCUGACUGCGGUUCAGAGUACUAAGGGACUUCAGAACAACAAAGACUCCCGGAUUCUGUGGACCAAAGAAGAUCUCCUGCUGACGACUGGUUUUGAUAUGAUGCGUAGCCGUGAAGUGAGACUCUGGGACAGCCGGAAACUGACCUCCUCCAUCAGCUCUUUGUCGCUCGGGACAUCCAAAGGGACGGUGAUGCCACUGUUUGAUGAUGACACUGGGCUUCUCAUUCUGGCUGGCAUGGCAGACACUGUGAUCGACUGCUUUGAAGUUUCUACCUCUGAGCCUGUGCUUACUCAAGUGAGCCACUGUCUCACCGAGGCAUCCACUCGAGGCGUUUGCAUGGUGCCCAAAUUUGAACUGGACGUCAUGUCAUGUGAAGUUAUGCGUAUUCUCCAGCUUACAGACAACCACAUUGUGCCAAUCAGCUAUCAAGUCCCUCGUAAGAAUUCAGGCAAUGACUUCCAUGCAGAUCUGUACCCAGACACAGUAGGUACAACCGCUGCUAUGUCUGCUGAUGAGUGGUGGCAAGGAGGAAACAAGCAGGUGGAAAAAGUAAGCCUUAAUCCAGAGAAACGACCCAAAACUCAGACAACCAAUCAGAUAACAGCAAAGAAGGAAGUGGCCAGCAGUAAAAUCAAGGAUGAUCUGGCGCGUGGUUGCUCCACCUCCAGUAGCCCUCUGAGUACCCCCAGUAGCAGCGCAGUCCCGUCCCGCUCGCCCUCCUCCACCUCGGGCCUCUCCUCUGGCUUCGGCCCCAGUCCUAGUCCCAGCCAGAGUGCCAAGGCCAUCCAUAACCUGCUUGGUCCUAGCACAAAGUUCCGUCACAUUCAGGGGUCUGUGAUGCAUCGGGACUCUCACAUCACCAACAUCAAAGGAAUCAACCUGACCACCCCCGGAGAGUGUGACGGCUUCUGCGUCAACAGCAAACUUGUGGCUGUUCCUCUGGCUACCUCUGGAGGGCAGAUUGGUGUCUUUGAGCGUUCGAAGCCUGGCAGACAACCGGAUACAAAUGUGCCCACCAUUCAGAACUCUGUGAAUGUGGCUGACCUCUGCUGGGACCCCUUCAACACACAUUGCCUGGCUGUUGCUGGAGACGAUGCCAAGAUCCGUGUGUGGCUGGUACCAGAGGGGGGCCUUGUUGAGACCCUGACUGAGCCUGAGCUCAUUCUUCAAGGCCACACAGAGAAGAUUUAUUCCAUCAAGUUCCACCCUCUGGCCAGUGGGCUUUUGGUGUCCUCGUCUUAUGAUCUCACAGUGAGACUGUGGAACCUGGAAAGUGGAGAAGAAGUCAAAGUCCUGUCUGGACACGAGGACCAGGUGUUUGGCAUGGCGUGGAGUCCAGAUGGCAAGCUUUUGGCCACAGUCUGUAAAGAUGGGAAAGUUAGAAUCUAUGAUCCCCGCAAGUCAGCUACACCUGUGCAGGAGGGUCCUGGUCCUGAAGGGCACAGAGGGGCUCGUAUCGUGUGGGUGUGUGAGGGCAAGUACCUGCUGGUGUCUGGAUUUAACAGCCAAAGUCAGAGAGGCCUGUACUUGUACUCUGUUGGCUCUUUGUCAUCUGGAGCUGUGAGCAACGUGAAUGUGGACGUCGCUCCCUCAAUUCUCAUCCCAUUUUAUGACCCCGACACCAGCCUGGCCAUCCUCACUGGAAAAGGUGACACUCGAGUUCACAUUUAUGAGCUUGUUCCUGAAAGUCCAUAUUUCAUUGAGUGUAGCAACUUUAACACUCCUGAGCCUCACAAGGGCUUGACUUUUCUGCCCAAGACUGCUUGCAAUGUCCAAGAGGUGGAGAUAGCAGUGGCGCUGAUGCUCACCAAGACCACCAUAGAGCCUGUCGCCUUCAAAGUCCCACGGGUUAAGAAAGAAUUUUUCCAAGACGAUGUGUACCCAGAAACAGCUAUUUGUUGGGAACCAGCUCUGACGGGCUCGGCUUGGCUCGCUGGCUGCAAUGGUCAACACAAGAGGAUGAGCCUGAAGCCUAAAGACAUGACUCCAGUGAGUGAAGCGCCCAAAGAGGCACCAGUGAGGAAGUAUAUGCCGUCUUCAUAUUACCUGGAGGAGAAAACCGAUGAACAAAAGAAAGAGGAGCUGCUCAGUGCUAUGGUGGCUAAACUUGGAAACUUGGAUGACCCUCUGCCCCAGGAAGCUUUCGAAGGAGUUGAUGAUGAUGAGUGGGAUGACUAGAUGAGAAAUGUCCUUGCCUUUUUGUAUUGGUGCCAACUGGAGAGACCUGGAGAAGUCUAAUGUUGCCACUUAUCUAUAUGACUGUGCCACCAAAAUGUCACAUGGAAGAAUACUGUUCAAUGUGAAUCACCACUGUCACAGCAGAGAUCCUUUGGGUGUAAUUGUGCACAUGUUUUGAUAUGAGGAAAAUAAUGUUUACCUUGUUGUCAGAUUGCAUGAAACUGGAAGUAUACGUUGGGUGACAUAUUUUUAAUAGUUGGGAAAAAUCUGUCUUAUGUGAAUCGAAAUUUUAGUGGUACAUUGUCUUUGGAUAUCACAAAAGCACAAAUAAUUUUUCACUUUUUUAACAACUUGUAUGUUAUAAAAAUCAUGUUUUUUAUUAAUGUAUUGUAAAUCAGGACUCAUGGUAACUACAUUUGAGUAAGCCCUUUAUAAUCUCUGAAAUUUGCAUGGAUAACUUGCCUAUUGUCUUGACAGGCCUUUGCACAUGCUACCUGACCACACACAUGUGUCUUGAAACUAUGUCUGUACAUAAAGACCAAUACAGAGAGGACAACACACAUGAAAUCUGUCUUCCUGUUCGGUUACACAGGGCACACACUCUCUCCUGAACUGCUGUAAUGCAAAAACUACACUGAGAAUACAACAGGGUCACCAUUGUUUUACCAUGAACUGCCAUAAAGUUAGAUGUUUCUGCCAAUUUUACUUACUGUACAUUUUAGUAUUUCCAUUUUUUAUAUUUUUUCUACUAUUCAAAUUUGUAUGGAUUAAAAAAACAGUGAUGUUUUAGAGGCCUUUAGGAAUUGUUGAUUAGUUAUGCUUUGAAAACAUUCUUUCUGUAGAAUUAUUUUCAUUUUAUGGUUUUGUAAUGUAAUUGUAGAUGGUCAGUAUCAGUGAUGACUCCACUCCACACUCCACCUAAUCUCACUAUCCCAGGCAUUAACCAAAUGGCAUUGUACUGUAAAAUUGACCACAUGUGGCCAUGCACAAUCAUGCAUAUCAUGUUUACACAAAGUGCAGGUGGAUGUUUGAUGUUUGUUCUUGGUAUUCCAAAUUGCAAUAUAGUGGUGUUUAUUGGAUUUUAACUGGAAUUUGUGGUUUAAAAUAAUUUUAUAAUGUGCUUGUUUUUCAUUAUUAUACUGCAUUAAAACUAAUUUUAAUCUC